AUGGCGAACCUAUACUUCACGCACUCGAGUGCGCCCAUCAAGACGGUGGAGGAGAUUCAGUUCGGUCUCAUGGCCCCGGAGGAGAUUAAGAACAUGAGUGUCUGCCAUGUUCUCUACCCCGAGACUAUGGAUGAGACGCGCACGAAGCCGCGUGACGGCGGAUUGAACGAUCCCCUUCUGGGGUCCAUCGACCGUCAGUUCAAGUGCAAGACCUGCACGCAAGCGAUGGGUGAAUGUCCUGGUCACUUCGGCCACAUUGAGCUGGCAAAGCCCGUCUACCACCCUGGUUUCAUCAAGAAGGUCAAGAAGGUGUUGGAAAUCGUCUGCCAUAAUUGCAGCAAGGUUUUGGCCGACAGAAGCGACCCUGAAUUUCUCCAAGCUGUCAACACGAGAGACCCGAAGGUUCGCUUCAACCGCGUCUGGAACAUCUGCAAAAAGAAGACCCGUUGCGAAAACGAGACCAAGGAAGUCAAGAACGACGACGGAGAGUACAGCCUGGGCAUGAAGCAGGCCCCAGUCAACCACGGCGGAUGUGGCAACAUCCAGCCCAGAGUACGGCACAAGGCCUUGCAACUGAUUGCGAAGUACGAGUCCUCCGGUGAGGAUGGCGUCAAGAAGAAGGAGGAGCCUCAAAUCACGCCCGAGAUGGCCCAUAACAUCCUGCGCCGUGUCAGCGAUGACGACCUGAGAGACAUGGGUCUUAACCUGGAGUACGCCCGCCCGGAGUGGAUGAUUGUCACAGUCCUUCCUGUUCCGCCUCCGCCUGUCCGUCCCAGUAUUUCCAUGGACGGCACCGGUCAGGGUCUCAGAAACGAAGAUGAUUUGACGUACAAGCUGGGUGAUAUCAUCCGGGCCAACAGCAACGUCAAGCAAGCCAUCCGCGAAGGCUCUCCCGCUCAUAUCGCCCAAGAUUUUGAGCAGCUUCUUCAAUACCAUGUCGCUACCUACAUGGAUAACGACAUUGCUGGUCAACCACGCGCGCUCCAAAAGAGUGGUCGUCCAGUGAAGGCUAUCCGAGCCCGCCUCAAGGGUAAGGAAGGUCGUCUCCGUGGAAACUUGAUGGGUAAGCGUGUCGACUUUUCAGCACGUACUGUCAUCACUGGUGAUGCCAACCUGUCUCUCGACGAGGUCGGUGUGCCGCGAAGUAUCGCAAGGACUCUGACGUAUCCCGAGACCGUCACUCCUUACAACAUCGGCAGGCUUCACGAGUUGGUCCAAAACGGUCCCAACGAGCAUCCCGGUGCCAAGUACGUCAUCCGCUCAGACGGUACAAGAAUUGAUCUCCGCCACCACCGCCGAGCCGGACAGAUUUCACUUGAGUACGGCUGGAAGGUCGAACGUCACUUGAUCACUGGCGACUAUAUCAUCUUCAACCGUCAGCCUUCGCUGCACAAGGAGUCUAUGAUGGGUCACAGAGUUCGCGUCAUGCCUUACUCCACUUUCCGCCUCAACUUGUCCGUCACCUCGCCUUACAACGCUGAUUUCGACGGUGACGAAAUGAACCUUCACGUCCCUCAAAGUGAAGAGACGAGAGCUGAAGUCAAGGAGCUUUGCUUGGUUCCGAUCAACAUUGUGUCUCCGCAAAGAAACGGACCCCUCAUGGGUAUCGUUCAGGAUACACUUGCUGGCGCUUACAAGCUUUGCCGUCGUGACGUCUUCCUCACCAAGGAGGCGGUCAUGAACAUCAUGCUCUGGGUGCCCAACUGGGAUGGUGUCAUCCCUCCGCCAGCAAUCAUCCGCCCCAGGCCAAGAUGGACGGGUAAGCAGAUCAUGAGCAUGGCGAUUCCCAACAUCGUCAGCUUGCACAAUGCCCCGGAUACGAAGGAAGACAACCCGCUUAAGGACGAGGGUCUUCUUAUCCAGUCCGGUGAGCUGCUGUACGGCCUGCUGUCGAAGAAGAACAUCGGUGCCGCUAGUGGUGGUAUCGUUCACAUCGUCUACAACGAGCACGGUCCUGAGGCGUCCAUGAAGUUCCUUAACGGGGUACAACAAGUCGUCAACUACUGGCUUCUCCACAACGGUUUCAGCAUCGGUAUCGGUGACACGAUUCCCGAUAAGCUGACCAUUGAGAAGGUUCAGGUCCACAUCGAUGAGCACAAGGCCGAGGUCGAGGCCUUCACGCAACAAGCUACUGCCAACGAGCUUGAGCCUCUGCCCGGUAUGAACAUUCGUGAGACCUUCGAGAGCAAGGUCUCUAAGGCCCUGAACACGGCUCGUGACAAGGCUGGUACCACUACGCAGAAGAGUUUGAAGGAUUUGAACAACGCCGUCACCAUGGCCUCUUCUGGUUCCAAGGGUUCUUCCAUCAACAUUUCCCAGAUGACUGCACUUGUCGGACAGCAGAUUGUCGAGGGUAAGCGUAUUCCUUUCGGCUUCAAGUACCGAACGCUCCCCCACUUCACCAAGGACGACUACUCGCCUGAGGCUCGUGGUUUCGUCGAGAACUCUUACCUUCGUGGUCUCACGCCAAGCGAAUUCUUCUUCCACGCCAUGGCUGGUCGAGAAGGUCUCAUUGAUACCGCUGUCAAGACUGCCGAAACUGGUUACAUUCAACGUCGUCUAGUCAAGGCCCUUGAAGACGUCAGCGCCAAGUAUGACGGUACCGUCAGAAACUCCCUGGGCGAUGUUCUUCAAUUCCUGUACGGUGAGGAUGGUCUCGAUGCCAUCUACAUCGAGAAGCAGCGAAUGGACCACCUCAACAUGUCCAACAAGGCGUUUGCCAACCGCUUCCGUCUGGACGUCAUGGACGAGACUAGACCAGAGGAAUUGGACUGGCUUGAGUACGGCAACGAGAUUUCUGGUGACCCGGCUGUCCAGCAACUUUUGGAUGAGGAGUACGAGGCUCUGCUUGCUGAUCGCAAACAAGUCCGUCAAAUCAACUUCAAGAGGAAGGAUGACGAGUCCAUGCAACUGCCUCUCAACAUCGUCCGUCUGAUGGAAACUUCGAAGAAGCUGUUCGCUGUCGAAGACUUCCAGAGAAGUGACUUGAGGCCUCAAGAUGUCAUUCCUGCUGUGCAGGCAAUGCUCAACAGGAUGACCAUCGUUCGUGGUAACGACGACAUCUCCAAGGAAGCCGACCGUAAUGCCACUAUCCUCUUCAAGGCCCAGAUCCGCUCAAGACUGGCCUUUAAGCGUAUCGCUUGCCAGCAGCGCUUGAACAAGAUGGCCUUUGAGCACGUAUUGGGAGAAUUGGAAGCCCGCUGGGACCGAGCCUUCGUCAGCCCUGGUGAAAUGGUCGGUGUCAUUGCAGCGCAGUCCAUCGGUGAGCCCGCAACACAGAUGACGCUGAACACCUUCCAUUUCGCCGGUGUCUCUUCCAAGAACGUCACUUUGGGUGUACCCCGUCUGAAGGAAAUUCUCAACUUGGCCCAGAACAUCAAGACACCUUCAAUGGUUGUCUACUUGAGCGGCGAGGAAAACGCCAGUCAAGAAGCCGCCAAGGCCCUCCGAAGCACUGUCGAGCACACUACCUUGCGCUCCGUCACGGCCGUUACGGAGAUUUACUACGACCCUAUCAUCACCUCGACUAACAUUCCUGAUGAUUUGGAUAUGGUUGAGUCCUACUACCUCAUUCCCGACGAAACGCACGACAGAGCGGAAGACCAGUCCCGAUGGCUGCUCCGUCUUACUCUGGACCGACAGAAGUUGCUCGACAAGGAACUUACUGUCGAGGAUGUUGCGCGACGUAUCAAGGAGGAGUACCCGAACGACCUCGCGGUCAUCUUCAGUGACAACAACGCCGAGGAACAAGUAAUUCGCAUCCGUCCUAUGCAUGCUGGUAACGACGAUAAAGACGAGGAUGGUGAGAAGAAGAUGGAGGACGACGUCAUGCUCAAGAGACUCGAGACUCACUUGCUCGACACCCUCUCUCUGCGUGGUGUCAAGGGUAUCGAAAGAGCCUUCUUGAACAAAGAGAACAAACUCAUCGAGACCGACGACGGAGCACUGCUGGCUGCCAAGGCUGAUGAGCGCUGUAACGAGUGGUACCUUGACACCUCAGGAACUGCUUUGCGCCAGGUCUUGGCUGUCGACGGUGUCGACUCUACCCGCACAUACACUAACCACUUGUGGCAAGUGGUCGAGGUGUUCGGUAUUGAAGCAGCAAGAUCCGCUCUGGUCAGAGAGUUGACACAGGUUUUGGCAUUCGACGGUUCCUACGUCAACCACAGACAUCUUGCUCUUCUUUGCGAUGUCAUGACCUACAGGGGUACCAUCUCAGCCGUCACUCGUCACGGUAUCAACCGUGCAGACACUGGUGCUCUGAUGCGUUGCUCGUUCGAGGAGACUGUCGAAAUUCUUCUCGAGGCUGCCGCUGUUGGUGAACUUGAUGACUGCCGUGGUAUUUCUGAAAACGUCAUGCUCGGUCAGAUGGCGCCCAUGGGAACUGGUCACUUCGAGGUCCUCCUGGACCCGAAGAUGCUUGAGACUGUCAUCAGUGACAACUCGCGCAUGGGUCUCAUGCCUGGCAUGCCCGUCAAGGGUGGCGAAGCCGGCGGUGCUGCAACACCGUACGACUCUGGAUCUCCCAUGGCGGACUCUGGGUACUUGUCGCUCAGCUCCCCUGCGGCUGGUAACUUCUCUCCCAUCGUUGGUGCUGGUUCGGACUCUCCCACUGGAUUUGGCACGGAGUACGGCGGUGGUGGCUUUGGCAUCGGAUCUCACGUCCCCGACCUCGCCCUUCAGCAGCUAUGGUUCGUUCUCGCCGUCGUCACCAAAUGCGGGCUACUCGCCCACCUCACCGCUUAUGGACGGUGCUGCUGGUCGCUACGCCUCCUCGCCGCAGUUCAGUCCUUCGUCGCCGUCCUUCUCGCCGACGUCGCCCAUGCUGCGGCCCACGAGCCCUGCGAGCCCGAACUACAGCCCUACAUCCCCAAGCUACUCGCCGGCUUCGCCGUCUUCGCCCAGGCAUUACUCCCCAACUUCCCCGGCGCAGUAUGCUUCACCCACAUCACCGAGCUACUCGCCUGCCAGUCCCAACUACAGCCCGGCAUCUCCCAACCUUCAUGGGGCUGGUCCCACGUCGCCGUCGUACUCUCCUGCUUCGCCGACGUGGUCGCCGACUUCACCGGAUGCCUACUCGCCCACGAGCCCGAGCUUCCAGCGAACUCCCGCGACGCAGCAGUCUCCGACCAGCCCCAGCUACUCCCCAACCUCACCUUCCUGGUCUCCGCGAACCCCUGGGCCCGGUGGCUCCGGAAACUAAAAGUGCUCGACCUGAUGGGGUAUUCCAUCACGCUUUCAGUUCGCCACCAUCUUUCACUUUCCUAA